AACCACGACCCCAAAGACAUCAGAGAGAGCAGCGAGAGAGGAAAAAAACAGAGGCUUAGCAGCGGCGAUGGCGAGCGGCGGCGGCCCGAUGACGAAGAAGGAGCUAGGCGAGACCCACGAUGUCCUCCGCUUCGGCGUCAACGAUAGCGUCCGCGGCGACCUCGCGCCGGCGCACCCCGUCCAGGCCACCAUCCACAAGGAGGCCAAGUUCUGGGACGAGAAGAAGAAGUUCGGGACUGAGGCCAUCUACGGAUCCGCCUUCAACAUCCGCAGGGAUCUCGACGCCCAUAUCCUCUCCAGGUACCAGGUCAUUCGCUUCCCCGCCGCCCCGUCCUUUCCCCUCCCGGGAAACUAG